AUGGUAGAGACCGGGCCACCCCCAGGUGGAGAUAGUGACCGGGGGCCCUUGCUGCUGGGUGCUUUGUGGGCGCAGGCAGGGAUAGCGACAGUCAUUAUAUUCCUGAGACUAUAUGCUCGCUUCAUGAUACACACUACCGGCUGGGAUGACUGGCUGAUGUUUCUGACGCUGGGGCAACAGGCGAUAUUCAUCGGGUCAAUCAUCAUUACUACCCUCCAAGAUAGCGUCGGGGGCUACCGACAUGUGUACUAUCUGGACGAAGAUGCCGUCGUGCGAGCGCUGGAGUUGAAUUUUAUCCUGCGCGGCGUUCAUAUUAUAGGGUACGCUACAGGCAAAGCAUCCAUCGGCGCAUUCAUUCUGCGUUUGAUCGGACCGCAGAACAUGUGGCAGAAAUGGGUGGUCUGGGUCCUCAUUAUAUUCACGACGCUCGUCAAUGUGUUGAAUUGUAUAUUCAACUUUGUCCAGUGCAACCCCGUGCAGGGCAACUGGGACCCAAGGGUUUCAGCCAAGUGCUGGGAGAAAAGGGCGCAGCUCAAGUUCGCAUAUUUCAUGUGCAGUACGGUCACGAAUAAGCCAUUUUGCAAGACGAGAAUGGUGCGCUGA